GGCCGAAAAGCGGGAAGCGCUAUAAAACGCUAUGCGGCCAGCACCGGUGCAUCACAUCCGAUCAAACUGUCCGGAGGGGAAGCAGAUCUCUCUCGACACCAUGAGGGCCGUCUCAGUUAUCCUGAUCGUGGCCGCCGCCGUCGUGGGCCUGAGUGAGGCUGGAUGUCUCCGCCCUUGCGGCCCCCCGGCCCCACCCGCGUGCCAUGGCCCCCCAGCACUGCCCAUCUUCCUGCCUAGCUUCAGCCUGCCGUCCCCCUGCGGUGGCAGCGCACCUGCCCCCUCCUGCGGCGGUUGCGGCUCCUCCAACUGCGGCGGCUGUGGAUCCGCCCCUGCUCCCUCCUGCGGCGGCCAGAUCGUCGAGAUCACCAGGACCAAGAGCUUCGUGCCCCUCUCCCUGCCCAAGCUCCCCAAGCCCUGCGGCUGCUCACUCCCCGCCCCCAGCUGCUGCUGUUGAUGGGUACGAUCGGUGAAAUAAACCCUUCUAAACCUUU